AUGGCAAAAAGAAAGUAUAUGUCAAAAGUUGAUGGAAAAAUAAAUAUUGGAGAAAAACACCAAGCUAAAAUUCCAGAUUUAAUUGUUAGUGAAGAAAAUGUACAAGAAAAUAAAAAUAACAUUAUUGAUACAACAUCAGAAGUUGUAGAUGUUCCUAAAAACUUAACAAAAAGAGCAAAAGUUGAAGAAGUGCCAAAACAAGUUGAAGAAAAUGCAACUACUGAAAUUGUCAAUGAAAGUGAAAAUAAAGCUGGACCCAAAGAAGACAUAAAAGAAGAAACAAAAGAAGAGGCUAAAGAAGAAACAAAAGAAGAGGCUAAAGAAGAAACAAAAGAAGAGGCUAAAGAAGAAACAAAAGAAGAAACAAAAGAAGAAACAAAAGAAGAAACAAAAGAAGAAACAAAAGAAGAAACAAAAGAAGAAACAAAAGAAGAAACAAAAGAAGAAACAAAAGAAGAAACAAAAGAAGAAACAAAAGAAGAUGAUGUUAAAGAUGAAGUUACAGAAGAAACUGCUUAA